CUUUACUGCAUGAAACUGCAGCUGAUCUAGGAAAUGCUUUCAACUAUGAGCAACUAGAUUAACAUAUUUUAAACUGGACUCAUUCCAUUUUGUAGCAGAGCAAAGCUGAUUUAUCAUGUAACAUUUUGCACAUAAGUCUGCAUGCUAAUACAACUCUUUUUACCCUAAAGGCAGUACAUCUAAACUCUAUCCAUCUUUGAAACUGCAUUAUUUCAGUUUCUUGAAAAUAAACCAUAACUUUUCUCUGGCCAUUUGGAAUUAAUGCACAGAAAACUAUAUUGAAAACAGACGCACAAGAAGACUUAUUCAGCAAAACGUUUCCUUGGUUCUUUCAGCAAAACUCAAGUCUGAGCUCCUGAAAUGAAGACUUCACAGAAAUUUUAUCUCUUCUGUUUUUUAAUGCCCUUGGUGAAGUUAGCACCACCUAAUCAACAAUACUCAACCCUAUUUCAUGAAACAGUACAGCAAGGUUAUGAAGAUGCAUUAUUUCAGGAAGAUUAUGAAGACUAUCCACAGGACGGGGUAAAAAAUAAGGAAGACAACACUUUCGUUUUCAAUGAAAAUAAAGUACAGCUGCAAAGAGAUGAUGAAAAAAUUGCAGAUGGAACAACAAAUUAUACAAAAAUGGCUACUUGUCUACUAUGUGUUUGUUUAAUUCGUUCAAUUUACUGUGAAGAAAUGGAUAUUGAAAGUAUUCCUGUUCUGCCAAAGGAAACAGGUUACCUUUAUGCACGAUUCAACAAAAUCAAGAAGGUGAAAGUAUCUGAUUUUGCUGAAAUUCCCACCCUAAGAAGAAUUGAUUUGACUGGAAAUGCAAUUCAAGAGAUUGAAGAUGGAGCCUUUGCAAAGCUAAUACUACUAGAAGAACUUUCAUUAGCUGAUAAUCGGAUAGCCAAGCUACCGGUUUUGCCUCCCAAACUAAUUUCACUAAAUGUAAAUAACAACAGAAUUAAAAACAGAGGAAUUAAAGCAAAUGCAUUCAAGAAGCUGACAAAAUUGUCCUAUCUCUACUUAGCACAGAACUCACUGGAGUCUGUUCCUCCUAAUUUGCCAGAAAGCCUACGUAUUCUGCAUCUUCAGUUCAACAACAUUACCAGCAUCACAGAUGAAACUUUCUGCAAAGGAAACAAUCAGACCCGUUAUGUUCGUCAGCGCAUGGAUCAGAUCAGAAUGGAAGGCAAUCCAGUCAUCUUGGGAAAGUACCCCAAUGCUUUUAUUUGCUUGAAAACUUUGCCUAUAGGCCAAUACUUUUAGUUGCUAACUAAACUGAAACACGUAAAAAUAGAUUAAAUUACUGUUAUAUCACUGUUAUAGCCUCUCACGUAUAUUCAGAACUGUUAGUGGUAACGAUGUAUUUAGAUCUUCCCUAAUGUGGUGAUAUUGCACCUUCUGACUUAAAAAGUUUGAGAGUUUUUCUACUUUUAGAUAAUAGAGUCGAGUAUAAAACCAGGAAAAGGCAUUGACUCCUUUUGAGUAAUCAAAUUACAAAAUGAAUUAAAAUUGAUUUUAAAACAUUACUGUUAUGAAACUAUGAAUGCAUAAUAAACUUAAAGGAAUGCAUUCUUUUAGGGGACAACUAUAAUUUGAUUCAAUUAAGAAGUAUUGUAAACAGACUGUAUAAUACUUUGGAUUUAAAGAGGAAAAAAUCCUUCAGAAAACAUAUAGGAGCUCUUGCAAUGCCUUUUUCUCAGGACCAUGCUGUACCUCUGGAGGGCACCCAUGUGUUCCUGGAAAAAGACUUAGCUCAUUUAACAAGUUGCUGAUAGGUGGUACAUAAGCAUCCUGCACAGUCCAAACUUGAAAGGCAAGAGCUGCACUUAAUGAAAAAUAUAGUGAAUGUGGGGCAAAAGAUAGAGCAAACCUAUGAUGCUUUGCUUUCCCAGUCAUUGUAGGCAUAGACUGGAUAGGAAGAGCAAGCGGUUCUUAGGCAACAGUCCACGUGCCAGAGUUUGACACAGCUGAGAUUGCUAAAAGGUCAGACAAGGCUAUGGGCACAUGCUGCUGGCAAGCACAGCUAUUUAUGCAAGAAAGAACCAAUGUAAUACAUAGGAAUAUAGGCUGAAAUGCAACAUAGAUUAUUUAAACCGAACAGCCCUUCCCAGUUCGACCUCUGGCGCUGAUGAAAUAGGACAAUAUCAUUUUAAAUAUAUCAGCAAUCUAUUCUGAUAUUAUUGGCAAAUGUUAUUCAUUAGCCUAGCAAAAUAACAACAGCAAAUGAAAUCAAAAACUAAACAUGCUGUUUCAGUCUGAUCUCUGCACUACAAGUUAUAGAAAUAAAACUAUUCAGUGUAGGAAAAUGAAAUGUGUUCCAGUUUCAAUUGAAUUAAUAUAUUUUAAGGAUAUCAAAAAGUGACCCAAGCUUAUUAGAAAUGUUUAUCACACUUAUCAAAAUGAAAGGGGAAAAAGACCAAUCAAUUUAUGUUUUAGCAUGGAGGAUUUUGCUUAAAUGUUAGCCUGCCUGCAAGUCCAUUUGUGGAUCCCAGAAUAUGGCCUUUUUUGUGCAUUGGGGAUGAGUACAAAAGUUUAAAAAAAUAAAAUAGAUCUUGAGCAUUACACACAUUUAACCUUUAGUGAGUUUGUGAAAUUUGUCUCCAACCAAUGUGGCAUAGUAUUUGCAGUAUGAAUAGGUAACAUUUUUGAAAUCUUUAUUGUAUUUAAAGCAUAUUCGCUUAACCAUUAUCACAAUCUUGGUAUGAUAUCUGAAUUGUAAUCAGUUGAAUUAAUUCAUAAAAGUCAGUGUAGCUGAUUUCAACACAACAAUCAAACAAUUUGUAUACAUGUAUCAGAUGAAGGGUUUUUUUUUUUCAGAAACACCAGUAGUAAGUCUUAUUUGUAUUCAUUCUCAUUCUUUGCAUAUGUUUCAUUAAGACAGAUAUAUUAUUUCUGAUUUAAUUAUUCACCAAAUAUUGAAGACUAGCCAUGAGCCUUUGCUGUAACUAUACACUUUUAGCAAUUUAAGAUAUCUGACUUCAAUUAUAUGGUGAAUUUAUAUGUGAAACCUUUACAGAGAUUUCUGAUUGAUUUUAGUCUGCACGUGCUUCCUGUUGUCUAGAAUUCUCCAUGCCUAAUAAAUAAUUAUAAAGAAAAAAA